AUGUCUGUUGCUGCUGCUGCUGCUGCUACUGCUUCUACUUCCCCGCUGACUAGCAACGGGCCUUUCACCAUGGGGACGACGCUCAAGAGUGAUUCCGGGAAGACUUACAAGAUUGAAAAUAUGAUCGUCGACCGCAGAAAUCCUCCUCUGUGUGUAUAUCGUGCGAGGUUGCUGACCACGGUGCUGGACGGGGAGUUCUGA